AAGAGAUUACCAGCCACAGACGGGUCAUGAGCCCGGUGUUACUGCUGGCCCUCCUGGGGGUCACCCUCCCACUGCCAGGAGUGCAGGCGCUGUUCUGCCAGUUGGGGACAAAUCACCGUGUGUGGAAGGUGUCCGACCUGCCCCGGCAAUGGACCCCUAAGAACACCAGCUGCGACAGUGGCUUGGGGUGCCAGGACACGUUGAUGCUCAUUGAGAGCGGACCCCAAGUGAGCAUGGUGCUCUCCAAGGGCUGCACGGAGGCCAAGGACCAGGAACCCCGCGUCACUGAGCACCGGAUGGGCCCCGGCCUCUCCCUGAUCUCCUACACCUUCGUGUGCCGCCAGGAGGACUUCUGCAACAACCUCGUUAACUCCCUCCCGCUUUGGGCCCCGCAGCCCCCAGCAGACCCAGGAUCCUUGAGGUGCCCAGUCUGCUUGUCUAUGGAAGGCUGUCUGGAGGGGACAACAGAAGAGAUCUGCCCCAAGGGGACCACACACUGUUAUGAUGGCCUCCUCAGGCUCAGGGGAGGAGGCAUCUUCUCCAAUCUGAGAGUCCAGGGAUGCAUGCCCCAGCCAGGUUGCAAUCUGCUCAAUGGGACACAGGAAAUUGGGCCCGUGGGUAUGACUGAGAACUGCAAUAGGAAAGAUUUUCUGACCUGUCAUCGGGGCAUCACCUUUAUGGCACAAAGAAACUUGGCUCAAGAACCCACUGAUUGGACCACAUCGAAUACCGAGAUGUGCGAGGCGGGGCAGGUGUGUCAGGAGACGCUGCUGCUCGUAGAUGUAGGACUCACAUCAACCCUGGUGGGGACAAAAGGCUGCAGCGCUGUUGGGGCUCAAAAUUCCCAGAAGACCACCAUCCACUCAGCCCCUCCUGGGGUGCUUGUGGCCUCCUAUACCCACUUCUGCUCCUCGGACCUGUGCAAUAGUGCCAGCAGCAGCAGCGUCCUGCUGAACUCCCUCCCUCCUCAAGCUGCCCCUGUACCAGGAGACCGGCAGUGUCCUACCUGUGUGCAGCCCCUUGGAACCUGUUCAAGUGGCUCCCCCCGAAUGACCUGCCCCAGGGGCGCCACUCAUUGUUAUGAUGGGUACAUUCAUCUCUCAGGAGGUGGGCUGACCACCAGAAUGAGCAUUCAGGGCUGCGUGGCCCAACCUUCCAGCUUCUUGUUGAACCACACCAGACAAAUCGGGAUCUUCUCUGCACGUGAGAAGCGUGAUGUGCAGCCUCCUGCCUCUCAGCCUGAGGGAGGUGGCGCUGAGGGCCUGGAGUCUCUCACUUGGGGGGUGGGGCUGGCACUGGCCCCGGCGCUGUGGUGGGGGGUGGUUUGCCCUUCCUGCUAACUCCAUUUCCCCCACGAUUCUUCACCCCUGCUGACCACCCACACUCAACCGUCCCUCUGACCUCAUAACCUAAUGGCCUUGGACACCAGAUUCUUUCCCAUUCUGUCCAUGAAUCAUCUUCCCCACACACAAUAGCAACACUGGGGAGAGCCCGGAGCAGCCAGAGUUGCCUAUGGGAGAGGGGACGCUGGAUGAGUGGCUGAAUGUAUCUCAUAAUACAGACCCUGUCCUUUCUCCCAGUGCUGGGAUUUCUCCAUGUGAGGGGACAGCAGGACACCCAGGGAUCUAGCGUCGGGGAGGAGAGGAACCUAAUGAGAAAAUGACCAUCCAAACCCUGCCCUUCAUUGGUCUGGUUCACGUCUCCAAACCAGCUUGGAUGGUAGCAGAGACUUCAGGGUGCUCCAGCCAAACGUAUUUGGGCAUCACCAUGACCUGGGAGGGGAAGAUGCACUGAGACGUAUGAGGCUUCCAGCCUAGCAGCCAGGGCCCUAGCACAAACAGGGGGCUCGCCCCAUCUGAGCGACUGCAGGAGAGGUUAGUACAGUCAUGCAUUGCUUAACGACAGGGACGUGUCAUUAGAAAUGUGUCGUUAGGUGAUUUUAUGACCAUAGGAACAUUGUAGAGUGCACUUACACCAACCCAGAUGGUACAGCCCAAUGCACACCCAGGGUGGACGGUAGAGUCGACUGCUCCUAGGCUACAAGCCUGCAGUGCAUGUUAUGGUGUGAAUACUGCAGGCAUCGUAACACCACGGCAAGUAUUUGUGCAUCUAUACACAUCUAAACAUAGAAAAGGUACGGCAUAAAUACACUAUUGUCAUCUCAGGAGACCACCGUUCUAUACGCAAUUCGUCACUGACCCAAACGUUGCUAUGUAGCAUCUGCCUAUCGUGGGAUAAUUGACAUAAGGGCUAAAGAGAACUCCAGAAAAAAAUGGGUUAGCAUUUUCCUAGAGCUGUUACCAUUGGGUCUCUCUUACCACCAUAGCCCAAAAAGGGUGAGGAGAAGAGCCACUGCUGGAAUCUGCAGACAGAGAGAGAGAGAGAGAGAGACAUAGACAGAAAGAGACAGAGAGAGAGCUGGAGAGAGAGCCGGAGACAGAAAGAGAGAGAUAUUCAGAGAGGGUUGCCUAACAAGAGCUCCCAUCUCAGGCUGAAAAACGCGUCCAGCCCACAAUGGUACUGGGGAGGGAGGUGGGGAACUAAAAUUCCAAACUGAUGUACUCACUCUGGUCUCCAGUUGAGGUUCCCCAUUGACUGAACCCCCUAGAGGCCACAGAAGCAGGAGACUCCCCUGGCCCAGCCCCCGUAGAUCUGCCAUUCACACUAGAGAACAGAGGAGAGGAGAGGGAAGAGAAGAGAGUGAAUCUGGAGAAGGAAACAGAACACGUCUAGUACCGUUCACUCCCUUGCCCCUCGGCAUCCACCCUUUCCCUUUGUCCAGAUGAAAAUCAGAGUCCAGGACGGGCUCGGUGGCUCACGCCUAUAAUGCCAGCACUUUGGGAAGCCGAGGGGGGAGGAUCACUUGAGCCCAGAAGUUUGAGACCAGCCUGGGCAACAUAGUGAAACCGCUUCUCUACAAAAAAAUACAAACAAUAAGCCGGGUGUGGUGGUGCGCGCCUGUGGUCCCAGUUACUCAGAAGGCCGAGGGAGGAGGAUCACCUGAAUCCAGGAGGUCAAGGCUGCAGUGAGCCAAGACUGCACCACUGCACUCCAGCCUGGGUGACACAGCGAGACCCUGUCUCAAGGGGGAAAAAAAAUAAUCAGAGUCCUCUGUACAGAUGACACACAAUUCCAGUCCUUCCCUCUGUCACAGUAACAGUGUGUGAUGGUGACGGUGAUGUCCUCCUCCCAUUGUGCUGGGCACCAGUUCUUCGCCCACAGUGAGAGGAAGAUGGGGAGGAGAUGGCUUCCAAUAGCACUGCUGAGGUCCUGGGGGCGGGGCUGCUGGUGCUCAGAGCUGCUUUCUUCCAGUACAUUCCACAUUGUCUUCCCACUUCCAAAACCUCCUUUGGAUGUUAUUUGUUAUCUGCAAUGUAACCCAAAUCUUG